GCUGGCCUGCCUCGUGGCGCACCUGGCGGCCUCGUGGCUGGUGCUGCCGGUGGCGCGUGCCGCGCUCCUGGCCGCGGCGCUGCGCCUGGCGCUGGGCCCGGGCGGCCUCCUGGAGGAGGCGCGCAGCCCGCCCGCGCCGCCGACGCCUGAGGCGCCGGUGGCCGCGGCCUCGGUGCUGCGAGGGGCGGCGAGCGCCGCGCCUGAGGCUUCGACACCACAGAUGACACCCUCGCCGCGAUCGCCCACAGAGCCCAUUCAGCUGGCUGCCGCCAUGCGUGAACUUCGAGGAUGCCGGCUCCACCCGGUGCAGCGAGUCGCACUCGACCGGGUCCAAGAAGAGCCCUCGGACCAGCACUGCGGCGUCGGCCGAGGAGGGCGAGGCGUUGAUCCAGCUGGUGGGCGAAGCCAGGGCGCGUGCCGUCUACGUGUCCGAGGUGGCUGGCGCCGCCGCCUCCGAGGCGUUGGAGGACCUCCCGCUGAGGCGGAGUCCAGCAACGAGGCGAAGGGUGGCGAGUUCUGCUCGCGUAUGCGGGUCACAGCCUAUUUUGGGCCACGCACCAACGAGGAGGUAACGUGCCAGAGGCCUUCGCUUAUAGAGUGA